AUGCUUGCGCGGUUCCUCCUCCUCACCGACGACGUCCGGGUGCUCGUGUAUGACUCGCACCUGCCGUGGGCGCGAUGCGUGGCGAGUGAGGCCGGCGUGGCCGCGGCAGCGUUCUUCACGCAGAUGUGCGCGGUGGACGUGCUGUACGGCGAGGUCUCCGCGGGGCGGGUCGCGCUGCCGCUGGCAGACGGGAGCGCGCUCCGGGGGAGGCUCUCCGUGGAGCUCGGGCCCAACGACGUGCCGCCGUUCGUCGCCGCGCAGGCGUGGUACCCGACGUUCAUGGACUCGGUGUUGUCGCAGUUCGACGGGCUGGACCAGGCCGACCACGUGCUCGCCAACUUCUUUUGCGACCUCGAGCCAAUGGUGAGCACCAGCUACCACCACCUGGACCAGGCCGUCGCGACGGGGCGAGGUGCGGCUAGGGCGAGGCGAGUCGAGGAUGGGCGCGGCUGGGCGCAGCCGAGCACUGCGAGGCGAGGCCAUGACGAGUUGAGGACGGGCACGGGUGGGCGCGGCAGGGCGCGGUGA